UUUUGGCAACAAAUAAAUAAUAAUAAUACAAGUGGUGACUCAGAUUUUGGAAAUAAAUUAGCUGUAUAAUUGCCGGUGAUUUCUGGAGCUAAUAUUAUUGGCAAAAAAAAAAAAAAAAUGUCGAUUUCUUUCGAACAGUUGCGGUUAAUAUUACAGCACCAGCAGAAGAUGUUGGCCUUGCAACAACAACUAUUUGAAACAGUUUUGGGCAGACUUUUCAUUCAACCAGAAAAUAAGGAAUCUAUUUAUGUUGCAGAUAAUGGUGCAGCAAUGGACAACUCAGAAGCAUAUCCUGUGGAGGAUUCACAUCCCCUUAUACCUGAAUCAGAACGUAAUAUUUGUAACGUAUCCGGCUCACAGCAAGAAAAUACUGUUCUAAAUGCUCAUGAAGUUGUGACAAUACCAGAUGAUCAAGAACCAGAUCCUGUAGAUGAAGCCCAGAGUCCAGAAUUGAAUGAAACGCUACUGGUUCUGUCUAGCUCUGAAAAUAAACUCCAGCUAGAACAAAAUUGUGGUCCACGUGCUAUUAGUCGAGAAAGCUAUGGUGACUCGUAUUCAGAAAAUAACUGGAGCAACACGAUGAACCAAAUUGUACCAGAUGUUACUCAAAAUCACCGGAAGACAGAAUUUUAUAUUGAGUCAACCUAUCCCAUUUCUAAUGACAGUGUGCCAGAUAUUGAUUCUCAGAAUAAUGCAUAUGAUUUUGAUGAAACUUCUUAUAACAAUGAGGGAAAUAUGUCAGCUGAGUCGAAUGAUGGCCAAAAAUCUAAUUUAAUUCUGUUAGACGUUGACUUUCUUAAUGACUCGUUAUCUGCUAACGAGAUUCAUAAUGAAUUUGAAAAUAAUGAACUCAGGUCAAAGGUCGUUCAUCAUCAUCUAGUCAUUUUUAGUGGCUUCUCCAGUCAAUACGAGAAACAUGGUUUAAAUAAAGUCCUACUAGUUGUAUUUUGGAGCCAUAAGGACCCAACAUUAUUUCGAGGAGGAGGAGAAUGUUGAGGAAUUUAAAGUCACAUAUGAUUCUUUUUUUUAAUCAGAAUCUAAAGUUGGAAUUUUCAAAAAAAAAAAGGGGAGGUGUUAUAUCCGGUGAAGAUUAAACUACAGGUAAAUUCCAAGGACUAUUCAUGGACUAAUAUUCUAUAAAUAUUCUUAUUGUAUAACUACUCAACAAUUACACUAUGGAUAUUUAUAUUCCUUUUAUAAUAAGCUUUAUUUUGAUCUAUAAUUUAUUAUUGUACGAUUUACGGUCCUUAAGUUAUGUUCAGUUUAUUAACUACUGCCUCCCUCAUUCACAGCCACUUUUUGGGCUUAUUUGUGUACAAUAUUAUUUCCUAUUUUAUGGUACGUUGCGGUUUGUCUGAUUGAUAUAUAAACCAAGUAUGUCUGAAAUAAAUGAUCUGGUCUGAUCUGCUCUGAUUCGGAAGCUGGUAUCUUGUUCUGGACUCAAGUGGAAGGGCUCGUAGGACAUAGGACCAAUAAGGACGCUAGACUGCCCACACCGGUUGAACGUCAUUGGUUGGCCUAGUGUGAAGAUUCGUAUAAGUCGUAUUCGGAUUGGUAGAUAAGUCGUGUGAUCGAAAAGUCAGACAUCCAAGGUCAUAACACUCUUCUUACAACUGUCAACGUUACAGAGCCUUGUCAUCUUACAUUCAUUAAUCUUAUGUCCUUGUCUAAGACAAGCAAAACAGAUACCCUUGCUUUUAGCGUGAGACCAUCGGUCUUGGACUGUAAGCGCUAAGAACUGUGGACAUUUAUCAAUAGCAUGGUCGUAGGAACACAUACUGCAUUUAGUUUUCGUCGUCGAACUAUUCCCUUGCACCGAUUUCACGUGGCAGUUCGUCUUCACGUUAUGUCCUUUUCUUGAACGGUUUGCUAACCGUCCAAAUCUACUACAAGCCACUCUUGCACGCGAUGCGAUAAACUGAGUGAGCUCGUCGAAGGUCGGUUCCCUGUUAUCUUCAGUCAAUUUAUCCACCCAGUCCGCCCACUGGGCUUGCAAAGAUUGCGGCAAGAGUCUCACUAUUCUUUCCAAGGUAACUAAGGAAUUUAGAUCAGAAGUAUAAUUCAUCUGCUCCAAGACCAUGGCACAGUUUUCCAUCUUAAUAGCCAAAUUUGAUAGUUGGUCCCCGUCAAUAUACUCAAAAUUCGCAGCACUGAAUAAGUCCUCUAGUGUUUCUCGAGCAAUUACGUGAGGCUGUCCGAAAAAACGUUUUAAAAUCUCCCUUGCUCUUUUAUAGCCAGAGGAUGCCUCCAUCAUGACGCAACCUUCAAUAGCUGUUUUAGCCUUGCCCUUACAGUAGUGUAUCAAAUAGAGUAAGCGC